GUCGCUGGCGGGCCUGGAAGCCAAACAGUCAGAAUCGCUCAGUGAGCUGAUCACUCUUCGGGAGGCCCUGGAGGCAAGUCGCCUGGAAGGAGAGCUGCUGAGGCAGGAGCAAACAGAAGUGACUGCGGCGCUGGCCAGGGCAGAACAGUCCGUUGCAGAGCUGUCGAGUUCUGAGAACAGCCUGAAGGCCGAGGUCGCCGAUCUUCGGGCUGCCGCUGUCAAGCUCAGUGCCUUAAAUGAGGCUUUGGCCUUAGAUAAAGUUGGAUUGAAUGAGCAGCUUCUCCAGUUAGAACAGGAGAACCAGUGUGUGUGCAGCAGAAUGGAAGCAGCAGAGCAAGCAGGAAACGCUUUGCAGCUGGGCCUGGCAGAGGCCGAGAGGAGCAGGGAAGCCCUUCAGGAAAGGAACACUCACCUGGAGGCUCAGCUGCAGAAGGCGGAGGAGAGCGGGGCUGAGCUGCAGGCCGAUCUCAGGGGCAUCCAAGAAGAGAAGGAAGAAAUUCAAGAGAAACUAAGUGAGGCACGUCAUCAGCAGGAGGCAGCCUUAGCUCAGCUGGAGCAGCUGCAUCAGGAGACAAAGCGACAGGAAGAAGUGCUUGCCCGGGAAGUCCAGGAGAAGGAGGCCCUAGUACGGGAGAGAGCAGCCCUUGAGGUGCGGCUGCAGGCUGUGGAGCGAGACCGGCAGGACCUCUCUGAACAACUACUGGGGCUCAGUUCAGCCAAGGAGCAACUGGAGAGCAGUCUGUUUGAGGCCCAACAACAAAAUUCUCUGAUAGAGGUCACCAAGGGGCAGCUGGAGGUCCAGAUUCAAACGGUCACUCGCGCCAAGGAAGUCAUUCAAGGGGAAGUGAGGUGCCUAAAGCUGGAACUGGACACCGAGCGGAGCCGGGCAGAGCAGGAGCGGGAGACAGCAUCCAGUCGGCUGGCCCAGGCUGAGCAAGAGGGGCAGACUGCCCUGCAGCAGCAGAAGUCCGCCCAUGAGGAGGAGGUGAACCGGCUCCAGGAGAAAUGGGAGAAGGAGCGCUCCUGGCACCGGCAGGAACUGGACAAGGCCCUGGAGAGCCUAAAGAGGGAGAAAACAGAGCUGGAAAUGAGGCUGCGGGAACAGCGGGCAGAAGCCGAGGCCAUCCGGACGCAGAGGGAGGAAGAACGGGCGGAGGCGGAGAGCGCCCUCUGCCAGAUGCAGCUCGAAACAGAGAAGGAGAGGGUGUCCCUCCUGGAGACGCUGCUGCAGACCCAGAAGGAGCUGGCAGAUGCCAGCCAACAGCUGGAGCGGCUGAGGCAGGACAUGAAGGUUCAGAAGUUAAAGGAGCAGGAGACCACCGAGAUGCUGCAGACCCGGCUCCGGGAGGCUCGGCGGGAGCUGGAGCAGGCAGGCCAGCGGAACAGAGACGCCCUUGCUGCCCUCCAAGAAGAGUGCAGGGCCCUGCAGCAGGCUAAGAAGGACCUGCAGGAGCAGGUGGAGGACUUGAAGUCUCAGCUGGUUUCCAGGGAUGAAUCCAGGAGGCUAGUGGAGCAGGAGGUUCAGGAGAAGCUGAGGGAGGCCCAGGAGUAUAGCCGAAUGCAGAAGGAGCUGGAGAGAGAGAAAGCCAGCCUGACUCAGUCGCUGAUGGAAAAGGAACAGAGGCUCCUUGUUUUACAAGAAGCUGACUCUGUUCGACAACAAGAGCUGAGCUCCCUGCGCCAGGACAUGCAGGAGGCCCAGGGAGGGCAGAAAGAGCUCAGUGCCCAGGUGGAGGUCCUGAAGCAGGAGGUGAAGGAGAAGGAGGCUGACUUUCUGGCUCAGGAAGCACAGCUGCUGGAGGAGCUGGAGGCGUCUCGAGUAACAGAGCAGGAGCUGCGAGCUUCCCUGCGGGCCCUGGAAGCCAGGGCAGCCCAAGUCCAGCUCCGACUGCACAGCACAGAGAAGCAGCUAGAGGCGCUGGUGGCAGAGCGGCGGUCUGGGCACCAGGCCCAGGCCCAGCUGGCCAGCCUCUGUUCUGUCCUGCAGCAGGCCUUGGGGUUCGCUUGGGACAGCCAGCCUGAGCUGCGCGGUGGGGGAGACUCUGCUUCCCUCUGGGGCCCUGAGCCAGACCAGAAUGGAGCUAGGCUCCUCCUUAAGAAAGGGCCCCUCCUGACAGCCCUGUCAGCUGAGGCGGUGGCAUCUGCCCUCCAGAAGCUUCACCAAGACCUGUGGAAGACUCAGCAGGCCCGGGACGACCUGAGUGAGCAGGCUCUGAAGCUGGAACAGCGUCUCGCUGAUGCAGAGGCCGAAAAAAGUCAGGUCUGCACAGAAUUGCAGGAUUUGCAGAGACAGCUCUCCCAGAACCAGGAAGAGAAAUGCAAGUGGGAAGGAAAGCAGAACUCGCUGGAAUCCGAGCUGACGGAGCUGCACGAAGCUGUGGCAUCAUUGCAGGGUCGUCUGCGGCAAGCAGAGCUGCAGGGACUGGAGGCCCAGAAGGAGCGAGGGCUCCUGCAGGCAGCCAAGGAGAACCUGACAGGACAGGUGGAACGUCUGCAGGCAUCUGUGGCGGAAGCCAGGGCUCAGGCCAAUGCUGCCGGGGCUCUGGAGGAGGACCUGAGAACUGCUCGCUCAGCCCUGAAACUCAAGAACGAGGAAGUGGAGACUGAGCGUGAGCGAGCCCAGGCUCUGCAGGAACAGGGCGAGCUGAAGGUGGCCCAUGGGAAGGCUCUGCAGGAGAAUUUAGCUAUCCUGGCCCAGACCCUAUCCGAAAGGGAAGGGGAGAUGGAGGCUCUGCGGGGAAAUAUCCAGGAACUGGAGAAGCAACGGGAGAUGCAGAAGGCUGCUUUGGAAGUGCUAUCUCUGGACCUGAAGAAGAGGAACCACGAGGUAGGCGUGCAACAAGAACAGAUCCAGGAGCUGGAGAAGUGCAGGUCCGUCUUAGAGCACCUGCCCCUGGCCGUCCAAGAGCGGGAACAGAAGCUGGUCGUGCAGAGGGAGCAAAUCAAAGAGCUCGAGAAGGAUCGAGAGACCCAGAGGAGCAUCUUGGAGCAUCAGCUUCUCGAACUUGAGAAGAAGGCCCAAGUGAUAGAGUCCCAGAAAGGACAGAUUCAGGAUCUGAAGAAGCAGCUGGUUACUCUGGAAUGCCUGGCCCUGGAACUGGAGGAAAACCAUCACCAAAUGGAGUGCCAACAAAAGGCCAUCGAGGAGCUGGAGGGCCAGAGGGAAAUGCAGAGGGUGGCUCUGACCCACCUGACGCUGGACCUGGAGGAGAGGAGCCAGGAGCUGCAGGCCCAGAGCAGUCAGAUCGACGAGCUGGAGAGCCACGGCACCCUGCUGGCACGAGAGCUGCAGGACAAGGACCAGGAGCUGAAGUGCCAGCGACAACAGAUCGAGGAGCUGCAGAGGCAGAAGGAGCGUCUGGCUCAGGACCUGGAGAGGAGGGACCAGGACAUGCUGCUCCAGACGGAGAGGAUCCGGGCCCUGGAAGACCAGAGGACGCUGCAGACCAAGAUCCUGGAGGAGGACCUGGGACAGAUCAAGCUGUCGUUGAGGGAGCGAGGCCGGGAGCUGGCCUCCAAGAGGCCGCCAACACCGGAGCGGGCAGAGGAGGGGAAGGGCCCGGGUAAAGCACAGCGCGGAAGCCUCGAGCACAUGAAGCUGAUCCUGCGGGAUAAGGAGAAGGAAGUGGAGUGCCAGCAGGAGCGCCUCGGAGAGCUGAGGGAGCGCAAGGACCAGCUGGAGCAGGAGCUCCAGGACCUACACAGGAAGGCGGGUGAGACCAGCAUCCUCCUGAGCCAGCGAGAGCGGGAGCUGGUGGUCGUGCAGCAGCGUCUGCAGGACGCCAGGGAACGGGCGGAGCUGAAAGAGCAGUCGCUUCAGGGUCACCUGGAAGAGGCGCAGAGGGCCCUGGCUCAGAGGGACCAGGAGCUCGAGGCCCUGCGGCACCAGCAGCAGCAGGCUCGGGAGCAAGAGGAGACGACGAAGGAGAAGGCAAGCGCGCUGCGGAGCGCCCUGGAACGGGCCCACGCCGACCUGCGGGAGCGCCAGGGAGAGCUCGAGGGCCACAGGGAGCAUGUGCGAAGGCUCCAGGAUGAGCUGGCCGUGGAGGGACAGCGCGGGCAGGCCCUGGAGGAGGUGUUGGGUGCCCUCAGGGCUGAGUCUCGGGAGCAGGGGGAGGAUCUGCUGGCCCUCCAGCAACAGUGUGCCGAGCGGGCCCAGGAGCACGAGGCGGAGGUCAGGGGCCUGCGGGACCGCCUGCUGCGGGCAGAGGCCAUGCUCAAGGAACGGGACCAGGAGCUGGAGGUCCUGCAGGCAGCCGGCCGCUCCUCCCAGCGGCGGGAGGAGACUGCCCGGGACCAGGCCGAGGCUCUGCAGGAGGCCCUGACCAAGGCUCAGGCCGCCCUGCAGGAGAAGGAGCAGCGGCUGCUGGGGCAGGCGGAAUUGAGCCGCAGCCUGGAGGCCAGCACGGCCACUUUGCAGGCUGCCCUGGACUCCUGCCAGGCGCAGGCCCGGCAGCUGGAGGAGGCCCUGCGGAGGCGGGAAGGCGAGAUCCAGGACCGGGAUCUCCAGCACCAGGAGGCCGUGCAGCAGCUCCAGUGGGCACUGGCCCAGAGGGACGAAGAGCUGAGCCAUCAGAAGAGGCAGGGGCAGCUGCUAGAGCAGUCUCUGGCCCAGAGGGCCCGAGAAGAUGCCAUCCAAGAGAACCAGGCUCUGGGCCGGGAGAGAGAAGAGGAAGAGAUGCGGGGCCUUCGUGAAAGCCUGAGGGAGUUGCAGCUGACUCUAGCCCAAAAGGAAGAGGAGAUUGUGGGGCUGAGGGAGGCCCAGCAAAGGAAGAAUCUGGAGGACUCACCCCACAACCACACAGCCUCCCCAGCGGAGGAGCCCUCUACAAACUUUGACACUUUAGGACCCCGGCUGCAGCAUGAGCUGGAGCGAUUGCAGGCAGCACUGAGGCAGACAGAGGCCAGGGAGAUCGAGUGGAGGGAGAAGGCCCAGGACUUGGCGCUGUCCCUGGCCCAGAGCAAGGCUAGCGUCAGCAGCCUGCAGGAGGUAGCCAUGUUCUUACAGGCCUCUGUUCUGGAGCGGGACUCAGAACAGCAGAAGCUGCAGGAUGAGUUGGAGCUCACCAAGCAGGCUCUAGAGAAGGAGCGGCUCCUCAGCCCUAGCUCAACCAGCAGAGCGGAACGGGGGCCCAGAGAAGAGGUGUCAGGAGUAGAGGCUGAGCCUGGUCUCGGCACGGAGGAGAGGCAGCUCUGGGGACAAAGGCUGGAACACCUGCAGGAAGCCGUGGCGCAGCUGGAGAUUGACCGGAGCAGGCUCCAGCGCCACAACGUCCAGCUGCGGGUCACCUUGGAGCAGGUGGAGCGCGAGCGCAGGAAGCUGAAGAGGGACUCCAUGCGCGCAUCGAGGCCCAGCGUCCCGGAGGUCAGGGAAGCCACAGCUUCACCCCCCACACAGCAGGAUGGAAGGGGAGGACAGAAGGGCUCCUCAGAUGCCAAGCACAUUGCUGAACUGCAGAAAGAGGUGGCCCUGCUGCGAGCCCAGCUGGCCUUGGAGCGGAAGCAGAGGCAGGACUACAUUGCUCGCUCGGUGCAGACCAGCCGUGAGCUAGCGGGCCUGCACCACAGCCUCUCCCACUCACUGCUGGCCGUGGCCCAGGCCCCUGAGGCCACCGUCCUGGAAGCCGAGACCCGCAAGUUGGACGAGUCCCUGACUCAAAGUCUGACAUCCCCAGGGCCAGUCCCGCUGUGCCCCAGCCCCAGCACUACCCAAGCCAUCUCCAGAUAGCAGCCACAGUCAGGGCAGGAUCUGGGCCAGCCUGGGACUACACGGACGGACAAAUGGUUGUCGUGGCCCAAGGAGGAGGGAAGGAAAACCUGCAAGGCUGGGGAAAGGCCCCGGCUCACAUGGGAAUGAGGCAAGUCACAGCUGCCUGUGGCCCACAGAGUCACCUAGAGGAGUUUCGCUCUGGCCAAGGGGCGUCUGCUGCCUCUUGUCUCGAAUAUAUUAUCCCAGCACCUCACUGAAUCUUUCUCCUCCCCGCCAACAAUAAACCCCGCAUCUCUGCCUUUGU